AUGCAACAACAUGCCUGGCAACAACCAUACGUAAAUGUCGUUAAACUUUGCUCUGAAAAGUCAAAACAAUACUCUUCCGAAGGUGGAGUGACUCAAGAGAUGGAUAGAGAUAUUGGAAAGACAGUGUUCCGUAUUAAGGGAUCUGUUCCUUCCAACAACUAUGUUUCUUUUCCUUCAAAUAUUCCAAAAAACAAAGGAGACGUUCUAGGCUUGGUUGGCCAAUUUUGUUAUGUACAAAUUCGAGCAUCAAAGGAAGUUUUUGUGUUCCAUAUUGAUAUCAUGACUAAGGAUGAAAUGACUAUUCGAUUUUCUUUUGGAAAUGUCUAUAAACAAGUCAAGAAAACUCAUAACACAGUAUACAUUCCAGUGGACUAUUUGAAUGAUAAAUGGACAACUAUUGCAAUUGAUUUUAAAGCACUUGUUCAAACUCAUUUAGAAAAAGUAUUUAAAUGUGUGAGAGGAGCUGUUGUUUGCGCAAAUUUGUCACUCAAGAAUAUAUUCACAUCGGACAACUUGUACACCCCAGAAAAUCUUGCCAAAGAUUUGUAUCUGCCAAUUCACAAAGGAAUGAAUUGGAGUGAUGAAUAUGAUUGGUUUUGGAUUCCUGGAGAACCAACCAAUGUGAAACUUGCAUGUAUUAUUGAUCCAGACACACUCAAAAAACCUUCAACGAGCUUCAACACCAGCAGAACAUCCUCGGUGGGAUCGAGUGGUUCCUCUAAACGAUCAAAAAUUGCUGGAGUUCUUUCCAACAAAGCAAUGCUGACACCUAGCCCAAUUAUGGAAUGCAAAAGAUUCAUUGGAUACAACUCCCAUUUCAACUCAAAUCUCUGUUGGACAUUGGAUUCUGCCUAUUGUUUAUUUCCAUGUGGAUCUACAGUGAUAAAAAUGGAUGUCAAUUCAGGCAAACAGACAUCAUUCCAAGGUCACACGCAUUUUGUCACCUCUUUAGCCACCGACUUUAAAUGCAGUAUCAUGGCCUCUGUUCAAAACACAAUACCAUUAAUCAGAAUAUGGGACGUGGAAACUUGUCGAUGUCUUGCAGUUUUAAAAGGACAGGAGUCAGAAAUCACAUGUCUAUGCAUCUCUGAUAAUGGAAAUGUGUUGAUGACUAUUGGAAAAGACAAGUCUUUAAAAACACAAUUCAUCGUUUGGGAUAUUUCGAAUGUGAAAAACUCUGAAGAGAUUCCUGUCAUAUCAAAAUAUGUUUGUGAUUAUUCUGUGAAAAAGGUCAGUUUUGCUCCAGGAGAAGACACCAAGUUUGUGACUUGUGGUUUUGAGAGUAUAAGGCUAUGGAGAUUGAAAGGAGGAAUUGUACGAGGAUGUUCACUGUCACUUGAAAAUUAUAGCCUUACGAAACAAAACUUUUUGGAUAUUGCAUUUGAAAAGACGUUUGUGUCACCCCAUUUAGGAGACAAGGACCACCGAUUUUAUUUAGGAACAGAAUCUGGAGCCAUUUACCAAGUCAAUUACACAAAAAGAAUUGUUGAAUGUGUUUUUCAACUUCACAAUAGUGCUAUUAAUUCUCUUUACAUUAACGAAGGUAUUUGUAUCACAGGAUCUUCUGACAAGUAUGUCCGAGUGUGGCCUCUUGACUUUUCUGAUUUUUUCAUAGAGGCAGAACUUGAAAAUGCAGUGAUGAGUGUCGUCACAUCGAAAGAUGGUUUUAAAGCACUCAUUGGAGAUUCUAAUGGCUCAAUAGGAAUCCUUGAAAUCAGCUCACAAAAAUAUCGAUCCGUUUUAAGAUCACACACCAAACAAGUUCUGGACGUUGCUUCAGAUCCUAAUAGAAUGGAAUUUGCAACAGUUUCUUUGGAUAGAACAAUUAGAAUAUGGGAUUUAACAACCUUAAAUCAGAAAUAUCAGUUUGAUAUUGACGGAGAAAAUCCUAUUUGUGUGGAUUAUCACAAAUAUGAAUAUAUGAUUGCGUGUGGAUUUGAGAGUGGAAUUGUUCGUAUUUUUGAGAUUCCUACCACUCAAGUUUUAGAGGAAUACAAGGCACACUUAACCGAUGUCCUUGCCAUUGCUUAUACACACGACUCAAGAUGGCUCAUUUCAUCCUCAAAGGAAUCAAUCUGUAUUUCAGACACUAAGCACAUGUAUCAAGCUGUAAAAGUUAUUCCGUACGCCUGUGAAUGCAAGAAUGUGAAUCUAUGCAUGAGCAGAGAUGGAAAAUAUUUUUCAUUUAUUUCCCCCACACGAAAUUUAAUUCAUGUUUAUUCAUGCAUGGAUUUUGAAGAAGUAUUUCAAUUUGAAACACCAACAGACUUCUUUGAGAGCAUGGUCUUCUCAGCAGACUCUAAAGAAAUUAUUGCUUCAACCUCAGACAACAAAUUAAUGUCCAUAUGUUUGGAAAAGGGAGAAAUUAUUUCAGAAACUGAGUAUGCUCCUAAAUACAAUGCAAUAACGAUGGAUACAAGUCAAAAUGGUAAAUACUUGGUGUGUGGAGGUGAAGAGCGAUUAUUAAGAGUGUGGAAUUCAAAAGACCUUGCUAAUUUCAGUUGUCAAAAGUUUAUUGGACACUCUGGAAAUAUUAAGAAAGUGAUUUUCACAUCCGAUUGUGGACAUGUCAUUAGUUGUGGACAAGACGGAAUACUUGUGUGGUCUUUCCUUGGAGAUAAAUCGAGAGAUAUAAAUUUGAUGAUUGAGAGUCAUCUCGAACGAAGAAUGAUGGAAAAAAAGAAAGAAGAGGAAAUUGAGAUUGAUGAGCUCGCUGCUCAAUAUAGAGGUGUGUAUGAAAAGACCUUUGAAGAUAGAAACAAACGAGCAUUGGAAGAACUUGAAUCGAUCGAUCCAGCAAUUGUUAGAGAUGUCUCGGAAGUGCAUGACUAUGAUCAUCACCAUCUUGUGCACACCGAUCAACCAUUCAAGAAAUACAUGUUCAAUCGAAGACCAUCCAAGUUACCAAACUCUGAAAAAAGAAAAUUACCUGGUGAAUUCCCAAAGCUGAAACUCGCAAGAAUUUGUGGGUACAGCGGACAAGCAAGAGACAAUUUAAUUUGGCUUGAAAAACAAGGAUCAUUAAUUUAUACAUCUGGUCAUACAGUUAUUAUUGAGGAUAUUGCCACAAGAGCCCAACAGUACUUAACAGGUCAUGAACAUGAAAUUAAUCUGAUUGUUAUUCAUCCAAAUCAAAAGAUUUUGGCCUCUUGUGGUGGUGUGAAAGGUGUUACUCUAGAUUCACCCAUAAUUUUCUGGAAUUUGGAAACAAAAUCCCCCGUCAAGAGAUUGGAAUACCACAAAUGGGGAGUUUUGGCAAUGGAUUUCUCACAUGACGGAAAAUACUUUAUCAGUGUUGGAAUCAAUGAAUAUGACGGAAAGUGUGUGUUGGCUAUAUGGUCUGUGGAAACAGGUAAAUUAAUUGCCAACACUUUGGUAGCAGAAGAAAUUUAUGUCGUCAAAUGGUUCCCAAGUUCACCCUCGUUUGAAUUUAUUACGUGUGGUAAAAACUCAAUCACUUUUUGGUAUUUGAAUCCAGAAGGACAGCUUCUCAUGUCACCUGCCAAAGUGGAUCACCAUCAAUUGCUUGGUUCUCCUGAAGAUCCCAUUCAUUUUACCUCCAUUGGGUUUAGUGAAGAUUACAGAAGUGUAUGGAUUGGAUCCUCUUCUGGUUUUAUUUUAGCGUUUAACUUGGAGAACAAUGAGCUCGAGCAUCAAUGGAUGUCCGUACACGAUUCCAAUGAAAUUGAUCACAUUUGUUGGAGAAAGAAUACUCUAAUUACUUCAGGAACCGAUGGAUCAAUCAAGAGAUGGAAAUGCACCAAGAAGGACAAACAGUAUCAUCUUGUAUUGAGAGAACAAAUGGAGUUAGAUGGCCCAAUUGUUGCUUUGUGUUUUGAUGACAAGGCCAAUCAAGGAGUGGUUGGUACUUGUAAAGGAACAAUUUGGUAUAUUCAUUGGGAUCAACAACAGUGCAUUCGAAUGAUUACCAGUCAUUCACACUUUGUGAGUGGUUUAGUCAAAGUGAAUGGAUACAUCACGAGUAGCUCACAUGAUGGAACAGUUCGAGUUUGGACCAAAGUCAUGUUGGACUCGAACAAGAUUCUCUCGCUCAAUCAAGUCUUGGAAAUGAAAAGAAGUGAGGACAAGAAGGUUGCAGCACUUUGCAUGGAUAAGAGCUCCUCUAACAAUCUCAUUGCUGUGGGAUAUAAUGAUGGUACCAUCUUUGUGAAUUAUUUGAAUCAUUUGGAACAUGUGUUAAAGAAUAAGAUCAAGCCACAUGAAGAAGCGUUGACCUGUAUUUUGGUCACUCCAACCAAUCGAAUCAUUACAGGAAGUGCAAAUGGUAUUCUCACUCUUGUUGACAAUUUGGUGAAUUUAACAGAAUCCACUUCAGCUCUUCCGACCGAGUUUUUGGAGAAUCGAUUUAUUUUCAUUAGAGAAUUCCAAGGCCAUCGAAUUUGUUCACUCGACUAUGACCCUAAAACCAAACGAUUUGUAAAUACCACCUGUACAGGUUUAGUCUCUGUCUGGAAUGACACGGAUUUCACACAAGUUGCAAAAUUUGCUCCUCACAUCUACACUCGAAAAGUUGCAGAAAAAGAAAAGUAUGAAAUUGAUAUUAUUGCCAAAUUUUCUCCUUUUGAACAAGAUGUUCUAUUAAUUACAGCUCCUUCUAAAAUAUGUCCCAAGGUUGAAUUCUACAAUUAUAAGAGAGAAUAUUGUUUGAGAGUCGUAGACAUGAAUUGUUUUGCCAAUUGUUUUGCAAUUUCACAAAUACAUUCCUUGAUUGCAUUUGGAACACGAGAACGAUUGUUAGUAUUAAUGAAUUACUCGACUGGUGAAUUUGAGGAGUACGAAGGUCAUGGAGAUGGAAUUCAGAGCAUCAUGUUUGAUGAUGAAUGUGAUGAAUUGUAUUCGAGUGCAUUCUCAGACACAUUGGUAUGGAAAUUGAAUACCAGUAGCAGUAAUAACACAAACUUGACCACACGUGUGGUGUCUUCUUUUCCCAUGAAUAAGUAA